UUCACAGCUCUAGUCUACGGAGAUAAGCUUUGGGAUGUUCCAGUUCCUCCUGAGCAAUUUCUUACCCCUGGGAAGCUGAACCGAGAGCCUCAAUGCCAAUACCAACUUCGCCACCUGCAGGAUGGAGCCCGUAUAUCUGCUGUCUUGCCUCCUAACAUAGAAGGUCACUGGAUCUCCACAGGAUGUGAAGUGCGACCAGGCCCAGAAUUCCUUACAAGGUCCUACACCUUCUACCCUAGUCGUUUGUUCAAGGCUCUUCAAUUCUACUACACAGACCCCCACUGUCAUCACCCC